AUGCACCAUAACCUCCUGAGUAUACGAAUCGGUCAUCAACUUUGCCAGAAUAUCUUCGGUCGCUGCCCGGACGCUCACAGAAAUGGAGUUGCGUUGCUCGUGGCGGGAGUAAUGGCGCUGCUCGCUGCCACGCGCAGUGCGGUCAACCACAUCCAGCACCACACGGCGGUACUCAUCCCCACUGGAUCGAGCGGACGACCAGCCCCGACGCGGCUCAUCCCCAUCAUAAUACCGGUGGCGGCCCUGGCGAGGCUCACGCUCACGAACCCUAUCCGACCUGAUGCGGCGGCUUGCAUCAGACGAAUCGUAAAUGAAUCUGACGCGGACACAGUGGCAGUGGCGGCGGGCGAGACUAAAUACUGA